AUGAUGUCCAGCUAUCUCAAGGCUGCAAGACCAGGGGGCGUGCGGGCUCUUAGCCAAGUCAACGGCUGGCCUCCUAGUUUUUGCUUAAUCCUAAAGCAUAAUAAUGGCAAAGUGUUCAAGGAAAAUUUUCGUCGCGGACUCCAGGUCGAGGGUGAGGACGGUCUCUGUCACAGCGAACUGACUUUCACGUGGGAUCCUCGAGGAACUUGCGAGUCGUCGUGUAGCAAGGCAUCAUGCUCUGUCAGUACAUCCAUUGUACGACUACGUGAGACUUGGGCGGCCUCUUCUCGUCCUCGCAUCGUACCUGCAGCCGUGAUACCAUUCUCAGUGACGGGUUUCUACGCCUUCAUUGCAGCGGGCUUCCUCCCUUUCUUCAGGAAAAAACCUGAGGCGGACAUCCUACUCCUCCCCGAUCCACCAUUCAGGCCCACACUUAUUGUUCUGCAGGUCCCACUCAUAGAGUAUUCCGUUCUGUUCAGCGUAUAG